AUGAAAAAUCAUACCUUUGAGCCGACGUCAUUUAAUUUUGCAAUACAAAGUAGUCCCUUUGUAGAACUUGGUAUUGAUUUAAAUCUAGUGCGGAGCAGAAGUUUUCAAAGUCAAGAUUUGAGAAGGUUAGAAAAAAACAUUGCUGGCUAUGCGUUAACACAACUAGCUGAUGCAGAGGGUCAAUUAAGUAAUCCUGCAGUUGAUUUCAAUUAUGGACAGAUCCAGAGGUUCAAAAGUAAUUCAGCUAUAGAAUUUGAAAGCGAUUUUAAUUUUAUGUCGAGCCAUUCUAGCAAUCCAAUAAUAGAACCUGAAGGAGUCCUUAAUUUGACGCUGAACCAAAGUUUCAGUAAUCCACCUGUAAACGAUUUUAUUGUGACACCAGGCCCUAGUUCUAGUUCGAAUGACAUUUCUAGUGAUGAUGAAUCGCAAGAAAACCUUUUGCAAUUAUAUGUUGGACUUCCGUUUAAUACAUGGGAAGAGGUGGACAGUUUUGUAGAAUCAUAUGGAAAGUCUAAAGCUAUGAGUGUUCCUAUUCACGUGCACAUAAGGCCAAAAAAACUAUCGACAUUACUAAGCAGUGGUACUACUCAAAUUACUUGUAUCUCAUUUGAUGAUAAACACAACCAUGAAUUAAAUCCUAUUAUUUCGCAAACUGCACCAUGGUUUUGUAAGUUAUCAAAAGAAAUGAUUGGGGACAUAAAGUUUUAUAUAUGUUCCACUGAAGGAUUGGGUGCCAAAAUGCAGUAUAAUCUUUUGAAAACGAAAUAUCCUGACAAAUAUAUAGAUAGAAAGGAUCUUUACAAUGCUAUUCAGCGAUUUCGAAUACCAUCAC